GUUCACUUUCAUUGGAGCAAGAUGGCGGCUGUGCUUCAGUCUCCUAGUCCCGGCACCGGGCACGGUACCAGAACCAGCCCGCUGAAAGCGUGCAUUUAUGUUCGGUAUGGGCCAAAGUCUGGGGAGCAUACGCUAUCGGGCAUUUGUCAGCAUUGGGCCACUGACUGGGAGAACAGUUCUACAAGGAAGCCAUUGAACAUUGCCGGAAUUACAAUGCCCGGCUGUGUGCAGAACGCAGUGUCCGCCUGCCAUUCCUGGACUCUCAGACUGGUGUUGCACAAAAUAAUUGCUACAUUUGGAUGGAAAAGAGACACAGAGGCCCAGGGGUGGCACCAGGGCAGUUGUAUACUUACCCUGCACGCUGCUGGCGAAAGAAGAGACGCCUGCAUCCCCCAGAAGACCCCAGGCUGAGGCUAUGUGAAAUCAAGCUUGAGGGAGAAAUCUUGAAAAAGGAUAGUGUGUCAGCUGAAGGGACAACAUUGGAAGCUCUGCUACGUGGGGAGGCACUGGAGAAAAGAAAUGACUCAAAAGACGAUGAAGCCUACAGUGAAAUUCAGAGAGUUUUAGACAAUGAGGAAAACAUAGAAGAUUUGGAAGAAGAAGACUUGGAAGAUGAUAUCCCAAAAAGGAAAAAUAAACCCAGAGGACGGACACGUGGUGUCGGUGGUAGAAAAAGAACUGAUUCCACUGCCCAAGAAGACCACGAUAAGCCAUAUGUGUGUGACAAUAGUUACAAACAAAAGCAUAACUCAAAAACAUCUGACAAAGUCUGUGGCAAGCGAUACAAGAACCGUCCUGGUCUUAGUUAUCAUUAUGCUCAUACUCAUUUAGCUGAUGAGGAAGGAGAUGAUGACCGAGAUUCGGAGCCCCAUUCACCACCAGUCUUGAGAAGUGAAGGUCACAAGCCUCGGAAAGGUCCGGAUGGGAUGGUCAUUUCCAAUAAUUACUGUGACUUCUGUCUUGGUGGGUCAAAUAUGAACAAGAAAACAGGCAGGGCUGAGGAGCUGGUCUCAUGCUCAGACUGUGGGCGCUCCGCUUAUUUGGGACAAGGAGCCAUAAAGGAUCUGGACUUGCGAAGUGCAGAGGAUUUGUUUGGUGCAUCGUCUGAAAGUGACACUUCCACAUUUCAUGGCUUUGAUGACGACGAUAUCGAUGAACUGCUAUCAAACAAAAGUGUUCAUUCACCUGCUAGUAGUGAUGCAGAUAACAAGUGCAGCAGCUAAUCACGUGAUUGUGGGGAAUACCUGCUAGCACACAAAAAAAAACACAUUCGGGCGAGAUUAAAUAAAUGACCUUGACAACAAAGAAGGCUUGUUUAGCCAAAAGGCUCCUGCUGAAUUCUAGACCUGUUUUCAUGUGAAACUGGGCUGUUGAAAAUGAGCAGAGUCGAUGCUUUUGUUUGUUCAUCAGUAAAGAAGAGAAUCUCUAACUCUGAAGAUAAUCAGGAUUACUUUUGGCUCGUGAUUUGUGUGUUUUUGUUUAAACAAAAUAAGAGAGACAUUUGACUGAUCUCCCUACAUUACUGAGUGAAUGGGGGACACAGGGAUCUGAUGUACUGUGGGUGAUACCACUGAGCUAAACGGACUUCCCCUUACAAAGUGCAAUCAAUGUCUUUAAGUCAACUAGCUCCCUCCCUCCAGCAGGCAAAGUUGUCUUGAUCUACUUUUGCCGUGCACCUUACAUCGAAGCUCCUGGCAAGUGGAAACGUGGUCUCCAGGCUCCACUUUACACCUUUUGCACCUGCAGUUCCAAGGUUUUGUGGCAAUUAGGUUCACUGUGGUGAACUGAAGGAAGUGGAGUUUAUAUAAGAAAGAGAAAUUUUAAUUUUUUGAAGGAAAAGAAAACUAUACUUUCCCAUUCAGGGACUUGUACCUUUUUUUUUGUUGAGUUUUUUUUGGUCAGCUGACUUCUUCUCUGCUGCUAAAACAUUCUUUUUGCAUCGAAUGAAGGAACCACAUCAGUGGGCAUGUGUUCUGAUGACAGAAAUAAAAUGACACCAGCAACUUUUUUGAUCCUGUUUAUUUGAAAGGAGUUCAUCAUUUGCAUUGCAAAGAAUUGCCUCGAUGCCGGUGGUUACCAUGCAAGCCAUUUCCAGGAAGGAAGGCAAGAAAUGAAUUGUGACCAUUUCCCCAGUGGAAUAUUGCCUCUUUAGCACCUCUGUUAUGUGACUCAAACUCAGGAAGGCCCUGAGCAUGUGCAGUAUGAAGGACGACUUCAUUGUGAAUUAGAUAUUUGUAUUUAUUAAACUGACAGCUGAGCUGCUCUUUAGCUUUUUGAACGGGAGGGGGAUGUGUGGUAAUAUAUUGAACAAUUCAUGUAUUUGGAAAUAUUGAAAUUUACCCAAAAAAUCCUUAAUAUUUUGGGUAAGUCUUAUUUUCCUCUCUCAAAAAGAACUGCAUCAUUUUUAAUGAUGAAUGUGUUAGCUAGUUUUACUGAUGAAUUCUCUAUAAAAACUGAAAUCAACUCUGCUCAAUUUUGUUGUCAAAGCCAUUUGUUUGAAUCUCAGUAGAAUUGCUGCAAGUGGAUGUGGUAAGUGUCAGGUGUGUCUAUCAGAUGUCUGGAAGUCUAGUCAUUACUUUCUAUUUAUUGAUUAGUUUCACUGUAAUUUGCUGUAACCCCUCUCCCUGAUCAUUUGUGAUGAAGUAUUGUCACCAUCAAGUGGAUGAUAUUGUUUGUUGUACAAUGUUAAAUAUAAAAAAAAAUGAUUUUCAUAAAGUGGCUUUAAAUGCCGCUGAGCUUAUAAGAUUUUUAUUUGUUAAAAAAAUAAACUGCAUAUUGGUCUC